UUUUUGUUUCUUCUGUUGUUAUUGUCAAUUUUCGCGUCGCCAUCCCGGGCCCGUGGAGGCGAAUCUUCCAAGAAACGGAGUCAUCGAACCACUGGAUGUCCCCCUGCCCGCCUGCCCUGGCAUCAAUCUUCGUAUCCGGACGGAUGAGCAGUUUUAGCCAAGUGCGUGUUUUCUCAACUCCACACCAAAAAGGAUCGGCGAGUUUCCGAUUUGGAACAGCAAUUGGAGCCCCUGGCCAUGAAGAAGGGCUCGGCGGGGUCCAAGAGACCCUAUGCGGCCCACAACGGAUCGGAGGAGGAUCAGGCGAAGCGCAAGGAGCGGCAGCAGCAGCCAGUGAAGGCGGGGGAAGCGCUGCCUGCCAAGGAAUCUGCAGUGAAGAAAGAGCCCUCCGUUAAGGCUGAGCCCGUUGUUAAGGAUGAACCCAUCAAGGCCACCGCCUCAUCCAUUCCGGCAAUUGAUAAACUGCGUCGCUUCUGCUUCAUUGGCUCGACGGAUGCCCCCGUUUAUACCAUUCCCACUCUGGACGUCAUCGUGGAAAGCAGUUAUGCCGCGCUGCAGGAUCUCUGCGGCCAGGUGAGCGAGUCCGAGCUGGUGGAGUGCCUGGCAAGCGUUUUGGGCAGCGGACCGAAUGCAGAGCAUCUGCCGCGUGCGGACGAGCCGCUCCUUAUUCUGGCCGUCUUCCUCAGCACGCACGGUGACUUUAAGCAGCGAAAAAUUGUGCGCAAUAAGUUUGCCGAUCUUGUAGCCGACGAAAAAGAACUGCUGCUCUUCGUCCAGCUGGUGAAGAGGCUGCAAAAGGUGCUGGACAGGAAGACACCCUUUAAUCGCACCGUGCGCAAGGCGGUCCUCGGAUGGUAUGGCAAGCAAUCUUUGGAUAAACUGCUGCAUUUGUGGUCUGUGGGAGACGCGGCCCGGUGGUCGAUGCAUCGCGAUCUGCUCCAUCGCUGUCACUUCCAGGACGAGGACUUUCGGCCGGAGAUUAUGGCUGCACUGAAGCUACUUUCCUCGUCACCCAGCGAGCUCUCAAAGUGGCCCAGCUUCCUGAGUCCCCUGGCCAGUUGUCGACCGAUUAUUGAGGGUGUUGUCAGACUGCGACUUCUGCAGGAUUCCCACGAAGCUCUGCCCAUUGUGAAGAAGCUGGCGUUGAGCUGGGAACAUGUCCCACUUCACCUGCUGAACGACCCCGGUCUCUCUAAGUUUCUGCUGCCACGGAUGAGCUACGACCAGAUCUUGGAGAGCUGGACACGCUUGUCGCGACGCCAUCGCCAUGUGCGUCCCCUUGAGGAGCAACUGAAGGACGAGAAGAGGCUGAAGGCGGGAAAUGUGGUGCCGGUGCGACUGCUGCUGGAGGACAUGCGAGUGAGGAAGCCCAAGAAGGUGGGACAAAUCCAUGCGAGCGCCAGCUUUCUGCAUAGCGUAUAUGAGAGAUCCUUUGGCCUGAACAAGGCGCUGGGCCGCCGUUUGCACAUUACCCUUAAUCUGGAGCAGUGCUACAUGGGCAAAAACCUCUCCGGUCACUGUCGGUCACUCAAAUACGUGGAUGCCUUGGUGGCCCUGGCCUUUGGCUAUUUUCGCAGCGAUCCCAAGGUUACGGUGCAGUUCUGGCACGAUCGCAGUGGCCAGCUAAAGACACUGCCUUGGACCACGGAGAUGUCGUUGGCGGAGGCCACGGCCUGUUGCCAGAAUCAGAAGGUGCUGAAGAUCAAGCAAUCGCUGACAGACAUCUUGGAUCGGGCUCUGGAGGAUGAGAAGAACACCUACGAUGUGUUUCUGGUGCUGGUGCCGGGAGCAGGGCGCGGAAAUCCGGGCAAUAGUUCCAAGAAGUUGGCAACCCUGCUGGACGAGUAUCGCGAGAAGCGGAGCUCCAAUGCCAAAUUCAUUAUGGUGACUCUGCGGCAGCACCAUGGCUCCAUGCGUUAUGGCAUGGAGCGCAACGAGAAUCUGCUGGAGUUGUGCAGCCUGGACGAGCAUACGCCGCGUCUGAUCAACGCAUUUGCUCGCAGAAAGUUCUACUAAUCGUAUUUGUUGAGGGACGAUGGCCUCUUGUUCGUUGCCAUCUGCCGUCUCACUCGCUUUCAUAGACGCUAAGGUGCUAAGGUGCUCUCUUUCCCGCUCCCACAACCAAAACCCAGAACAUUGCCCACCUCCUACCAUCCAAAGUCAUCCCAGCUCGCUCUCCCGUUCAAAUAGCUUUCAUGUAACAUAGAGAUCCUUGGUGUAUAAUCGAGCCAAAAACCUUAAUUAGCAUUAACUAAAGAAUCAUACUAAUUACUGGGUAAUUAAUUAUGGCUAGUUAGAUAUUUUGAACAGGCUCGUUUUUGUAUUCGUAUUUUUUUACUCGAUUUGGUGGAUUUAUAUUUUUUGAAAUCGAAACUGAAUCAACUGAACUGAACUCAAU